AUGUUGCGCUCGAGAUGCUGUUCAUCGCUUAAGGGAGCUCUGCGUCGACCCUCUGAUGCUUUCUGCUUCUCAUGGUCCUCUGUCGCUUCCUCUCACCAACCCAAUGCCCCGCUGGAUCUCGACCCCUCUUUCCAAGCACUACUGAAGGAUACCGAUAUGUCUCUAUUGCGACGAAAGUCUCGCCACGCCGCUUCGGAGAAUCCACAUGCGAAGGCUUUCCGAGAACUUGAGAUGUACACUAGCGAUUCCACUGGGCUUGAAAACGCUAUGUUAGUAGAGAAAGUCGUGGAGUAUGAGGAGACUCCCGAUCAACAGGAAGCAAGGAAGUCGCCCGCUGCCGCUUACGGUAGUCAACACAUCGGUGCAGUGGUCCUGCCGACAGAGCUUCAACAGACAAUCAGUCGUUUGAUCUCGGAGUCAGACAAGCAUGCUUUGCACGCGGAUGCCUCAAGGAUUUUUGCGCACGACACCGAAGAGGACGCUGAAUGGACUGCUGCAUAUGACGUCGAGUACAGGUCGCGAAAACAGGCAGCCCGCCAUGCUGAACGAGACGCCGUUGCAUUUGCUUCCAUCGCGUUACCCUCCCAUUAUUCUGCCAUCUGCUCAGUUCUCGAUCAUGCGAAGCAACGUCUAGGUCCACAAUGGAGAGUGGAGCGUGUGAUCGAUUGGGGAUCUGGUGCAGGCGCAGGACUAUGGGCAUCUUCGCACUCAUUCCGUGCAACAGCACACGAAGAUGCGAACCCUGGGACUCAUAAUGCUCAGAUAUCUCACUCAAAUAUGUCAAGUUAUACCGGUAUCGAUAAACGAAUGGCACUGGUCAAGGUUGGCGAGCGGCUUUUGAAAGACAUCGAAAUGGGUGGUCUUAAUGUAUCAUGGCAGAAGAUAUUUAAGGAGAGCAACCAGAUACCCCGCUCCGAAGGUGGCGAUGUUCUCGCCUUGUCCGCUUUCGUGUUGUCAACUCUACCAACGUCAUGGGAGAGAAGAGAUGCGCUGAAAGAAAUGUGGCAGAGUGGUGCGGAUGUAAUGGUGCUCAUCGACCACAAGACAACUGCUGGUUUUGAGUGCAUAGCUGAGGCAAGAGAUUACCUCCUCGGACAGGGAAGGAAAGAAAUGAAGGACCCUGCGACAGAGGGCCAGCCAAUCGAGGGUUCUCAUGUCGUCGCACCGUGUCCUCAUGAUGGAGCAUGCCCGCUAUACCGACCCGGGUCCAGCAAGGUUGUGUGCGGCUUCUCGCAAAGACUUCAGCGGCCGGCAUUCAUACGAAAAACGAAGCACUCUGGCAUCGGCCACGAAGAUUCGGGCUACUCUUACGUGAUCAUCCGUAGAGGCAGCAGACCAUCAUCACCGGGAACCAAAGUGGGUCGACUUGGAAUGGUUGGCAAGAAUGAAUUGGCCAAGAAGGCUUUGCAGAAUGUGCCUCUACAAGAGCUCAUCAUUGAAGAAACGGUCAGCGCCAAGGUCGAAAGCCCCAUAGACCCGGCAUCACCUGCAUCUGCGGACACGAUAGAGACAGCUCCUUCAAAAGACACGUCAGAUGGCCCUGAGAACCUUGAGGAAGCCUUGAGACUAGAAGCUUACAAUUGGCCACGCCUUGUCUUCCCACCGAUGAAAAAGAACGGCCAUGUCAUCCUAGACGGCUGUACAGCAGAAGGUAAAAUCAUGCGCAUGACCAUUCCGAAGUCGCAGGGUAAACAACCAUAUUACGAUGCUCGCAAAUCUAGCUGGGGAGACAUGUUUCCGCAUGAGCCCAAAAACAAGCCCCAGCAACGCUUUCAAUCGAUUGAUGCUCAAGCAAUGAAGACAUCCAAUCGGAACGCUGGCAAUGACAAACGCAAUAAGGCUAACCAUAAAGCACCAAGCGAUGGUAAUUUUUCGGAAUAUAUCAAGGAGCAAAAGGAGCCCAAAUGGCAGAAGAGACGUCAACGGGUGCAAGCCCGCGAAGACGAUUUUUGGGAGGAGUAA